AUUUUUGUUUACAAACAAAAAAUUCGAUCUUAACAUACAUUAGUAAACUUCUUGUAAGAACUAACUAUGGCUUCUCACGGAAAUGUCCUCAUCAUUAAUAACGAUACACACUUUAGGAGGGAGUUUGAAAAAAAUAACAACAAAUUGGUCGUUGUUGAUUUCACUGCUUCGUGGUGUGGGCCAUGCCAACGAAUUGCACCAGUAUUUGAACAGUUAAGCAAUCAAUUCACAGACGCAGUUUUUCUUAAAGUGGAUGUUGAUCAAUGCAGAGAGGCAGCAGCGAGCUUUGGUAUCAGAGCAAUGCCGACAUUCCUUUUUUUUCUUCAUGGCCAAAAGGUUGAUGAAAUGAAAGGUGCAGAUCCGGAAACAUUACGGGAGAAAAUACAACAAUGGGCUAUUCAAAGCAGUCAAUCCCCUGUAGAUUCAGUAAAGGUGGCUGCUGGUCGUCAAUUGGACUGCUUCAGAGAACUUCUGGAAAACUCGCCAGACAUGUUUGACAGUGCUUCUCAGUUGUUGCUGAGAAUUGCAAAUAAUAUUGUACAAGAACCAAAUGAACCAAAGUACAGGACUUUAAAACUGAGCACAAAUACCUUUCAAAAUAAACUUUUACCCGUCAAAGGUGCUGUGGAAUGCCUUUUUGCAAUGGGAUUUGUGGAUAAUGAUGAUCAAGUUGUACUUGAAGCAGGCAAAUCAUUGGAGGACUUAAAGAUGAUUCGAGAUACAAUAUUAGACGAGCGCAAUAAACGAGAGGUUCUACGUAAAACCAUGCAUAGAACAUAAAUUUACAGUUUAAUAUUAUACAAAACAUUAUAUUGAUUUAUUAAAUUCAUAAUUACUUAUAUAUUAUUGAUAGCCACUUGAAUUAU